AGGCUCGUUACAAAGGUAACCGAGGAGGUGCUUGUCGCCAUAUUUGUUUGUACUUGGCAGUCAGACGAAAGUCGUCGAUCUUGAAGAAAUAUUUAGGGAUUAAGGAAAUCGAGAUCCAUUUUUAAAAUGGAACGAAAUGUUAGAUAUGAAGUGUUGGUUGGUGAAGAGGAGCAGCUUCCAGCUCAGCCAGUUGCCAUGGCAAUGGUAAUUCCUCCUCCUCCGUAUCAGGAAAAUAAUGUUUCUCAGUCAGACUCGGCAGCAUACGGGGAGACGAAGCUGCCGUCCUACGUGGACGCCACAACUCUACCCUCCUACGAGGAGGCGGAGAGAACCAAACAGGAGGAGAUCCAGAGGCUGGACGAAGAAGGACAGAGAGACCCUACUCAGGACCGGUUUACCGACAUGACUAUUGGAACAGAUGGCAUGUUUAUCUGUACUUUUGUCAUUGCCUUCCUGUUCAACUGGAUUGGCUUCCUGCUAUCCCUGUGCAUCUCCAACACCGUGGCAGGCCGAUGUGGUGCUCUGGCUGGCCUGGGACUCUCUAUUGUCAAGUGGGUUGCCAUCGUCAAGCACAAUAACUGGGCGCAGGACUUUGCAUCUGGGGACUCAUGGUUGUGGUGGAUCCUAGUCAUCUGCGGAUUUCUCCUUUUCAUCCGAGGCUCAAUCCAGUAUGUUCGAGUCAAAUACGAGUGGAAUCGAGUGGCUGGUCACAUCCGACAGUACCGCCUCAUCUAGAUCACAUCUGCACACAAACAGGCAUUCACGGGAUGUUCGACGGGAUUUGCAGUCACAGCAGAGUUUGUACUAAGGGUAGUUAUUCCAUGUUAAACAAAAUCCUUAAAUUGAUUACACUAGCAGAGACAGCAGAUGUCUGUUGUGAGUGCAGAUCCAGUGUCAUUGAAUUGAGAGAACAAUACGCUCGAUAAAUGAUAUUAUUCAUUUUUCAAAUGGAAGCCAUUACCACGUUUGAAUGAGGGAUUGAUAGUAACUUUCAGUUGGUAAUCAUGGUAAGGUAACCUUUGUAUACUGCUAUUACAUGUUACUGUGUACAUGUGGUUGUUGUGUGUAGUUUAAUUUAAGUGUGCUACACCUCAAACAGAUACUGCCUAAAUAUGUACUGUAAUUAAUGAUCUUGUUUGUAUCAACUAUACCUACAUUUAAUUAAGCUACCAAGGGCAUGUGUAAUAUCUGUACCAAUGUUUUUUGAAGGAAGCUCUCUGUCAGUGUCUUAAGAAAACCUUUUCUUUAAUGAUACAGAAUGUACCUCUACAGCUACCAUCAUGAUUAAGUAGAUAUUUUUCAAUACUCAAUUCAUUUAAGAUACAGAUAUUGUCUUGUAUUUAGGUGAAUGUUUCCCUGUUUUUGAGCUAAAGGGCUUUUAACAAUCUGUAUAUAUUGUUUUGAUUACAUGUGACAUAAAUUUCUGCUUUGACAGUAGUCAAUGCUUUCAGUGAAUGUGGAAGAUGAGAGAUUGGUCUUUCAUUGGUGUAUACAUUUGUUAUAUAUUUGUGGGAUAUUUGUAAAUACAUUAAGUGACACUUGUAGCUCUUCUUACACUUAAGUUAGUAGUUUUUGUUGAUACACUAGCUUUACAAAACAAUUCAAAUUGAAAGAUGGUAUAUUUUAGUCCCAGGAGAGACAUAAAGAGUGUUGUAUUGACCAUCGAUGGAAUCAUGUCCCAAAUACGGCACCUUUAUCUCAGCAAAACAACAAUGUGCAUGAACCUUUUGUAGGAGCAUGUGCAAUGCAUAGCAGUAUUAUAUUGAAAAUUAUCCUUUUCAACUUUGAUAGCACUGUAUGUAUGAUAACAAACUACCUUUGCUGUACAUGAAAUAAUCCAUAUUGAAAUAUACAUUUGAAUUUGGUGAAAUUGUUUUCUCAUCUAGAAUUGAACUGUCCAGUGACGUAUUAGAUGUGAAUUGAACUGAGAAUACAUGAAUGUUUUUCCUUUCUGUGUUCUUCUGGAAAUGUAUUGGCUGUGAAUUUACUGUUGUCCGAGUUUUAGACCACACCAUAUAACUCAAUUAUUGCUGACGUGGCUGUGUACACAUUGAGGACCACAGAAGAAAGGGGGUCUCAAUCACUGGUAAAACCCACCAAGUAAUAUUCAUUUAGAUCAGUCACUAUCAAGGUAAAAAGAUGGUAUUUAGAUGGAAGAAUUCAGUUACCAUGGUUACUAGGACACAACUGUUAUGUCACAGGGGCCACAGGUUGAAGACAUGAGUUUGGUUUGUUGCAGUAUGCCAGACUCAUUAUUUGAGGGGGUGUUCGAUGUUAAUCUAGAAAUAUUGCAAAAAGCAAAACAUUGAAACUCCUCAUGCAUCAAAAAGAUUGGAAUUUGGAUUUUCUCAUAUGCCUUGGAUGAAAAUGUUGGAAUAUUUUUAUAUUUACUCAGACAACGAUUAAUGAAGGAAGCAGCACUUAUACUCAUACUGAAGAAAGAUCAUUCUUCCCUAAAAGUUUGGUCCAUAAAUGGAUUUUGUUUACCCAGGCCUUGUUUUCUAUGAGUUAAUACCCACUUCCGCUGUCACCAUCACUCGUGCAGGUGGGGUUUAUGAAAGUGGUGUCAUUUGACAGAGGUUUUACGUGAUGGGAUGGUGAAGCAAGAGACUCUCUGCUCCCUCUCUCUACAGUAUGGGAUGAUAUUGUAUGAGAAAUUACUUGACGAAAUAGGUUGUCAUACUAAUAUGUUUGUACUGAUUAGAAUUACACAUAUUCUGUACUUCAAAACCACUGAUGCUGUCACUUAUGGACAGGAAUUAUGUAUGCAGAAAUUAUAACAUAUAAUAGUUGAA